UCACAGUUGGUGCCGGUGUCAGUCCGAGGUCGAGUUGAAGGCUGAUUGAGUAACCCAACGGAACUUCUCAUCCAUGCGUUACAUACACAGUGUCCGAAAAGUCAGCAGCUAAAGGAAGAAGCCGAGCGAACGCAGCAUAAGUUUACCUGGAACCUGUUUUCGCCGCGUUUUAAAACAAAAUUGUUCAGUUCAGGGACGACUUCACCGGACCUGGCGUAGGUAACUUACUCUGUUACCUGAGGAUCCGAUAUGAACGGUUCAAAACGGAAGGGUGUACAACAUGUCGCCAACGGGGGCGCGAAGCAGCCCGUGUGGAGCAGAGCGUUCCGUGCCCAAGCUACGUGGGACGAUAAGGAAGAAUUUUUGGAUGUGAUUUACUGGUUUCGGCAAAUCAUUGCUGUUAUUCUUGGGGUGAUUCUUGGAAUUGUGCCAUUGACAGGAUUUCUGGGAAUAUCCACAUUCUGCGCUGUUAAUGCAGUUGUCCUGUACCUCUACUUCAACAACUUCCAACAAAUUGACGAGGAAGAAUAUGGAGGAACAUGGGAGCUAACCAAAGAGGGCUUUAUGACAUCUUUCGCUUUAUUCUUGGUGACUUGGAUAAUAUUUUACACAGCCAUACAUCAUAACUGAGGACUACAUAUGAAAACUGAAUUACUGCAACUUUUUUUGUAAAAAAAAAAAAAUUAUGAAUUUAAAUAACUAAAAUGUUAAAGAUUAGUUGACUUGGGUACAUUUUUUUUUCCAUGUUUGGAAAUGAAUACCCUUCUAUG